AUGGCCUGGCGCCUCACCCCGAUCCAAACCCGCAUGGUUCGCUUCAUCCAGCCCCAAGCCUGCGCGAGCGUCUUCUUUGCCGUUGCUGUUGCCUUUCUAAUCCCGCUUCGGCCGCGAUACAAACCAAAUCUCUCCAAGUCCUUUUGUGCUACCCGCCCAUGGCCGCCACAGCUGAAAGCGACGGUGCUUCACACGCUAGCGAUGCUCGGCCAAACGUACCUCGCCUACACGACCGCCGCCGCGACACCGCACACGGCGGUCGCGGGUGCCUACACGGCGCUUGUCGCCGUCAGCUGCCUCGUCACGCCAUAUUACAUCGCGUAUGACCAUCUUGGGCUCGUCGAUGCUCUCGACAGCGUUACGACGCUGCUCAUAGCGGUCGUCUUCCCCACUCUCUUUGUGCUUGUCCCGACCGCUACAGUCAUUUACGGCCCACAACACGACACGGGCUCGACGGUGAAUCAGUAUGCGUGGUACGCUGAGCUUGUCGCGUCGUGGCGCCUCCUCGCAGUCACGUCGGUAGCCAAACUUGUGGCGAUGAUUGCGCCAAGUGCGCUGCAGCUGGGCGCGAUAGAGGCCACGCUAGCAGCCUUGUCAUGCCCGCCACCCUCCAUCAAACGGCCAUCGGUUCAGUGCAACCGAAUACGCUUUCCAACCCACAAGCGCUGGGUCCGCCUUCUCAUUGGCUUCAAUGUAGUGUGGGGUCUAGGCGUGCUGUGUCUCUCGUUGUAUGCAAUCGGUCACAGUAGUGCCUGCCCUGCACACUGCACCCUUGAAGCGCGUCCGUGGUUUAGCGCUGCUUGCGCUUGCGUCUAUGCGCGUCUCGACUGCCGGACGAGCGUUUGUUCUCUCGACGGAGACGAAGAGCGUUACUUGAAUGUGGACCUCCUGGGCUCCAGCCUCAUGGUGCUGCACACACUGCACUGCUCGCUGCCCCGCGGCUUGCAACCGCAGACGCUAACACCGUUUGAAGAGUUGUUCGCCUACGCCAUCGAGUACUCCAACAUGACGUCGUGGGAGAUUCCGCCGAGUGCAUACCCCGCGUCGCUCGCACUAGCCUACAUUCGCUACAGCCAGCUCACGGCGCUUCCAGUCGCACUGGCGUCGCCGCCGUUGCAUCUCGUUGGCAUCUACAUCGACUCGGCGCCAAUCGUCAAUGUACCCGACGCUGUGUGGGCCAACUGGACCCAUCUUUCCAACUUGUGGCUGAGCAACGUCAGUCUCCAGGUCGUUCCCGAAUCGAUCGCAGCUUUGCGCUCUCUCCAGUUUCUCGUCUUGAGCAGCAACAACCUGUCUACCGUUCCGGAUGCAGUGAGCACGUUGCCGCUGCUGCAAAAACUCUAUUUGGACGCGAAUCCCAUCACCGAGUUCCCAACGAGUCUCAUCACGGCCAACCCAACGCUGGACCUCGCGCUCGAUCAAACUCGGAUCGCAGACGUGCCCGACACGCCGGCGGUCCGAGCAGCACUGACCCGAGGUUAUGUUCACCUUGGCUCGACGCCUUUUUGUGCGCACGAGCAAAGCUACCACUGGGCAGCGACACUACGUCAGGGUGUCUGCGAUGCGGCGUGCGCGCCCUUCUGCGCCAACGUGCGUCGAGGCAACGGUUUUUGCGACGCCCCGUGCAACGUGGCGGUUUGCGGCUUUGACAAUGGUGACUGCGCCGCGCUCUAGCCAGUCUCUCUGUAUUUGUGGACGCAGCAGAUCCACCAACCGUGCAGCUCACGAGACGGCAAUGCACAUCAUGGGUGGCGAGAUGCAGCCAGCAGAAAAGCAAGUUCCAACCGCUCGAACAGGCUCUUGCAUGUACGGUCUGCUGAGGUGUCGGCAUACGACGAUCGACGCACCGAGAGAGCGUCGUGCAAGGAACGGUACCUUCUAGCCGAGACUUGAAACCCUCUUGAAAACGAAUAUGUAUCAAGUGACUUGACG